AUGAAUGUCGUCCUCCGCGGUCUAGAGAUUCAAAGUUUGAACUUGACGUUCGUAGUCCACAACGGGGAAUAUCCUAGUGCUGUUGCCCUGAAAAACAAUAUCGUAUCGAAACGUUGGACGGACAAAGAGAGUCCACUUACGGCCACGGACCACGAAGAGAAUACAGUGGAAGCAAGUCAUUAUACGGAUGAAGAUUACACAAAUGUGAACUGUCUGCAGAAGCAAUUAUCCGAGGUACAGGCUGUGGUCAGAGCCGAGCAAAAAAUCUUUCGACUUGAUACCCAGAGACUAACGCACGAUAAUUAUAUGCUCAUCGCAAUACUUCAGUCGGAAUAUAUCAAGAAGCCCCAUAAGAUCGAGCUGAAGCGGAAGUCUAAAAAAUAUGACCCGUCUGAAACCUACUGGAGGAUUGUCUGUAUCAACAUGGCCCUCCAUCUUGCCAAGAGGAAGGAGGCUCCCGUUGACCCAGUGAUGCGGCCAAGUGACCUAUAA